UGACAGUGAGUGGUAAUAUUUCGCGCUGUUCUAGAACACGAAAGGCGCCCAGUCAAACUUUAAAACAAAUCUAAAGAAUGGCAUAUGCGAAAAGUGCAACACAAAUGUUGUGAGAACGUUUUACAAAACGUUGUGUGCUAAACUUUUGAACAUGAAGUUAGUGUAUAGAAAUAUAAACAAAGAUUCGUCUGGUCAAAUUACUUUAAUUCCUGAAGAUGGAGAAGACAUGUGGCACGCUUAUAAUCUUGUUCAACCUGGAGAUAGUUUACGUUCAACAACGUUAAGAAAAGUUCAAUCAGAAUCGAGCACUGGAAGUGUUGGUAGCAACAGAGUAAGGACAACUCUUACCAUUGCUAUUGAGUCAAUUGAUUUCGACUCCCAAGCAUGUGUUUUGCAUGUAAAAGGAAGAAAUAUACAGGAGAACCAAUAUGUCAAAAUGGGGGCUUACCAUACUCUAGAUCUGGAGCCAAAUAGGAAGUUUGUAUUGGCGAAAAAAUGCUGGGAUACUGUGCAUCUAGACCGGAUAAAUGUUGCUUGUGAUCCAACACAGAACGCUGAUGUGGCAGCAGUGGUAAUGCAAGAGGGUCUUGCCCACGUCUGCUUGGUGCUAUCGAGUAUGACAUUGGUCCGUGCCAAGAUAGAAACACAAAUCCCAAGGAAAAGAAGGGGGAAUGCACAACAGCAUGAUAAAGGUGUGGAAAAAUUUUUCGAUUCAGUUAUGCAAGCUAUUAUACGGCACAUUAACUUUGAGGUUGUUAAAUGUGUAAUUCUGGCAAGUCCCGGUUUUGUUAAAGACCAGUUUCAUGACUUCUUAAUGUCCCAAGCGGUUAAAACUGAUAACAGAUUAAUCAUUGAUAACAAGUCUAAGUUCAUAUGCGUGCACGCCUCAUCUGGUUUCAAACACUCACUCAAAGAAGCAUUGUUGGAUCCUUCUGUUGCAUCCAGGUUAUCAGACACAAAAGCAACAGCAGAAAUAAAGGCUUUGCAAGACUUUUACAAAACAUUACAACACGAACCAGACAAAGCAUGCUAUGGGUUAAAACAAAUCGAAAAAGCAAGUGCAUCCGAUGCCAUUGAUGUGCUCAUGAUUACAGACAUGCUGUUACGAUCACUUGAUAUUGCUUUGCGCACCAAACUUGUUAAAAUCGUGGACCAGGUAAAGGAUAGUGGUGGUGUCGUCAGGGUGUUCUCAUCUAUGCAUGUAAGUGGGGAACAACUUGGCCAACUCACUGGUGUUGCUGGGAUAUUAAGGUUCGCUGUGCCAGGGAUGAGCGAUUCUGAGGACUCUUCGUCAGAAGAGGAUUGAAAUAUCUUCUCUUUAUAACAAAGGCAUCAAGUUUUAUGAAUUUUAGAAACAUCCAGGGUGACAUUGUUAAAAUGGAGUUACACUUAUAGUUGUCAAACAUAAAGAACCUCAUUGAUUAAUGUGGUGAAUGCAAUAUACUUUUGCUCUGCUUGUUUGUAUAGACACCUAACAGCAGGGUAAAAUCUGUUUUUGGUAUAAAACCAAUGUGCUAAUUGUUCAAGAAACCCCUAACUUUACCAUGCCUUAGCCACACCAAACCUUUGAUAGCUUUUUCCUUUAGCAGUUAGUAAAAUAGAAAUAUUUUCUUAUAUAGGUAUAAGAUUGAAUUGCAUGAGUUCCAUGUUUAUUUGUUGGUACAAUUUUUGUACAUACAAUGGCUCUGCAUGUUAUGUAGUAUUUAUACUGAAAUCUUUAUCUACUGUAAGUGACAUCUAAGAUCUGUGACCUUUAUUUUUGGUGUUUAUGUGAUAUUUAUUGAAUAUGCUUGAAAACACAGGUUUCCAAGACAAUCUAGGCUUGUUAGAAGAAUUGGUGAAAUGAGAUAAAAUAUGUUUAAUUGUUGUGAUUUGGAACAUUUGUUGUCAUUCAACAGAAUACCAACUUUACAGGGAACAA